AUGAUUGCCACUACCAUUCAGGGAUAUCAGGUUCGAAUUGGGGUGGUUUUUCCAGUUACCACAGAAGUUCUAACCUAUCAGACUGGUUUUGCUGAAUCUGCUGGUGCUAUUCCAAUCGCAAUAGAGAGAUUACAAAGUCAAAAUGUUUUACCCGGAGCAGAAUUCAGCCUGGGUCUGUCACUUUAUGCAUUAUUACUGGAAUUUCACUGGGACACUCUGGCACUUAUAUAUGCUCCUGAUAAAGCAAACAAAUGUGAAACAAUUAUCGAAGAAGUUACCAGCGCCCUUGCUAAAGUUCCAUCAAAACUGACAAUAGCAGCGCGUGAACGCCUGACCCGUGUUUCAGAAGAAAUACUUCUUAGAGUUCUUCGAACGGUAAAUCAGCGUGCCAGAGUUAUUGCAGUAUGCUUUCUCGUAGAUGAAAAUAAAAGAAAAUUUUUGUUAGCUGCUCAUAAAUUGAAUAUGGACACGGAAGAUUAUGUUUACAUACAUCUCGAAAAUCGUUUUCUUGGUUUUGCAUCACCUUAUAGAGGCGAUAAAGUUCCGUUUUAUCUGUAUGACAAUGAGACUGCUGCGUCUGAGAAGAAUGUGAAUACAACAUAUGCAGCUUUGCGUUCUUUUGUGCUCGAUUUCCAAGCAGGAGGUGAUUUUGACGUAGAAGAGUUUGGCAAUGAAGUCCUUCAAAGCAUCCGCGGAUGGCCAUUUUACUGUUCCGCAAUUUGUGACGAUGCUUUUGGAAAGGGUUCUAUUUAUGCGCGAAACCUUUACGAUACGAUUGUGGUGUAUGGUUACGCGCUUAAUAAAACUAUUACCAAACAUUCAGUUUCUGCUGUUAAUAACGGUCUUCUAAUAUUAGAAAAUGUGCCUGGUAUAUAUCAAACAGCUGAAAAUCGCGAAAUACGUAUGAACGGGAAUGGAAUCUGGGACCCAGUUGUCGCUCUUACUGGUUUAGAUGCAGAAGGGAAGCCCAGAUCAUUUAUUACCAUCAGGUUUGCGGAAUACAACUUUACGGUGCAGAAAAAUUACAUAAACGAAGCUACUUCAAUUUGGGCGACAAGAGGUGGUAUUCGUCCAAAAUCGGUACCUGAUUGUGGAUUUGCUGGAAACAUGUGUUCGGCACCAAUUUUUAAACAAUAUAUUGGCCUUUUCGCACCAACAAUUGCCCUAGGCUGCUUUCUGCUUAUCUCUCUAAUGGCUGCUAGCGUCUGCUUUAUCAGAAACAAACGAAGAGAAAGAGAAGAACUGAACAAAAGGUGGCAAAUUGAUUUCAAUGAAUUGGUUGAAGUUUCUUUGAAGAGUACCAGCUUGGGAGCUAGUCACUCUCAGUCAGUUCUUUCCAACAGGCAGUUGAAAGAGUGUAGAGAUACAGCUUCAAAUUUAAAGUCUGCCAAUUACUGUCUGUACCAAUAUAGCGACACUUUAGUAGUAGGUAGAAAGUAUCGUAAUGUGCCUCAGAUCGAUCUUUCUGACGAAGCGGAAAUGAGAGUGGAUAACAUCAGAAAUGCUAAACUAAACGUUGACAGCUUUUUUAUGAUGUGCCUCAUCAAAGACAUCAUUAACGUUAGUUAUAUCAACGUCUUUUUUGCUACAUUUUAUGUUUUAUUAGACAUGUUAUUUAUGGCUCCAGAAAUACUGCGUGACAAUUCUCAGUUGGGAACUCAAAGCGGCGAUAUGUACAGUUUUGCAGUCGUUGCGUCGGAAAUCUUGACGAGAAAGCCGGCUUGGGACCUCGAUAACCGGGAGCAGACUGUUGAAGAAAUACUGUACCUUUUAAAACGCGGUCAAGAGCCUUUUCUUCGGCCCGAAUUGAAUAUUGACAAAGACAUUGAGCUCAAUUCUGUUAUGUUGCACUUAAUUGGUGAUUGCUGGCAAGAAAACUAUGAAGCUCGUCCAGAUGCUGAAACUAUAAAAAGGUUACUGCGUUCAAUGAGAAGGGGAAGAUCUAAAGAUCUUAUGGAACAUGUGUCUUCGUUGAUGGAAAAACAGGCCGCAGCACUGGAGGAAGAAAUUUUAAUUAGAACCAAUGCUUUGGCUGAAGAAAAGAAGAAAAGUGAUGAAGUGUUAAAAAAAAUGCUUCCACCGCGAGUAGCUGAAUGCUUGAAGCUGGGAGAAGUAUUACAGCCAGAAUCAUACGAAUGCGCAACAAUCUUUUUGUCUGAUGUUGUCUCAUUUACUAAACUGGCUAGUAAAUGCACUCCUUUGCAGGUUAUAUCUUUGCUGGACAGUUUGUAUAUGACAACUGAUAUGGCUAUUAAAAAUUACGACAUUUUUAAGGUAGAAACUAUUGGCGAUGCAUACUUGUGUGUUUCGGGUGUACCCGAAAGGAAUGGAAAUCGACAUGCAAAGGAAAUUGCCGAUAUGGCACUUGACGUUAUAAGAGCAACGGGCAAGAUAAGAAUUAAUCAUUUACCAGAAGAAAAAAUUUGCUUACGUGUUGGGAUUCAUUCAGGCGAUAUAAGCUACGCACUUGAUUAUCUGCAAAAAGCGUAUGAGAAUUCAGGUCCAGUUGUGGCUGGAGUGGUUGGAGCAAUAAUGCCACGAUAUUGUAUCUUUGGGGACAGCAUGACAGUGACGUCCAAGUUAGAAAGCAGCGGAAAAGCAAAUAAUAUUCACAUAUCAUCAGCCACUUAUGACUUACUGAACAAUCAAAUCGGUGGUUAUGUGAUCGAAAAACGUGGAGAAGUCCUCUUAAAGGCAAGUUAA